AUGACCGCAUCCCACCAUGGACCCUGGACCCCCAUCGAGAUGCGCGCAGCCUCCUUUCCUUGGCCAUCUUCAGAGAGCCGUCGCCUGAGGAGCCUGCCAUUGGGACAUCGCCAGCUUCAACAACACACAAGAACACCACCCGACCCUAAGGGUAUCAAGGCCCUUUUUUCGGAAUUGCCUCUUGUCUGCCACGGCUCUACAGCCACGCACACACUGGUCUCUUGA